AGCGGUAGUCGUAGCGCAUGCUCAGAACCAUGCAAGCACGUGCGGGUUUUCUCUGAAAUAAUCAAAAUAUUUUUAACUAAGUUAGCUAUUUCUCCGCAAUAUUGGUACUUAUAACACAGAGAAAACCUUCAUCGUUCUCUUAAUUUUAUCUUUUAAUCGUUUGUAAAUUGUAAAUAGCUGUAGCAAUGGGGGUACCGAAGUUUUAUCGCUGGGUAAGCGAGAGAUACCCUUGUUUGAGUCAAGUUGUUAAAGAACAYCAGAUCCCAGAGUUUGACAACAUGUAUCUAGACAUGAAUGGAAUAAUCCACCCCUGCUCACAUCCAAAYGACGACGACCCUCAUUUUAGAAUCACAGAGGAACAGAUUUUUAGAAAUAUUUUCCAUUACAUCGAGAUUUUAUUUCAAAUUAUUAAACCAAAGAAAGUUUUCUUCAUGGCUGUUGAUGGUGUGGCACCUCGAGCCAAAAUGAAUCAACAAAGAGGGCGAAGAUUCAGAUCUGCAAAAGAAGCAGAGGAUAACAUCCGUAGGGCGAUAGAAAAAGGACAAGUUUUACCGAAAGAAGAAAGGUUCGACUCGAACUGUAUCACUCCAGGUACUGGCUUUAUGACAAGAUUGCAAGAACAGCUGAAAUACUUCGUCAAUGAGAAAAUUACAAAUGAUCCUGCUUGGCGUGGACUAAGAGUAUAUCUAUCAGGGCAUCAGACACCUGGAGAGGGAGAACACAAGAUCAUGGAGUUUAUCCGCACAGAAAGAUCGCAGCCAGGAUAUGAUCCCAAUACUAGACACUGUCUUUAUGGUCUUGACGCUGAUCUGAUUAUGUUAGGACUAUCGUCACAUGACCCUCAUUUCUCAUUACUUCGAGAAGAAGUAAAAUUUGGAAAAACCACAAAGAGAAUUGAAAAACCAGAGAAUAUAACCUUCCAUUUGUUGCAUUUGUCGCUAUUCAGAGAGUACAUUGAUUGGGAAUUUCAUCGCCUUAAGAGCACCCUUAGUUUUCCAUAUGACUUGGAGAGAGUCAUCGAUGAUUGGAUAUUGAUGGGGUUCCUGGUCGGUAAUGAUUUUAUUCCACAUCUACCACAUAUGCAUAUCAAACAAGUAACUUUUUGAUACAUGUACAUGUUUUAUAUUACAGGUUAUUUACAUGAUGGUGGGGUUUUGAACUUGGAGCGGUUUGAAAAAUAUCUGACGGCACUAUCAAAGCUUGACAGAGAAAAGUUUGAUGAAGUGUUUGUUGAUAUGAAGUGGUUUGAGGCUAAAACAAAGCAUGGUUUUGAUAAGAAACCAGGAAAAUCAAGAAAAAAAGGAAAAAAAACCAGAGAUGAGGAAACAAACCCUUUUGCAGCUCUGGAGUCUUUGUCAGGAAAACUUGACGAAGCUAAGCUUGAUGAUGAUGAUGAGCUUAGCCCUGAGCUUGCAAAACUUGCAGCAGCAUUGGAUGAUGACGAGGAAGAAAGCAAAGAAACAUCAGAAGAAGAUGUCUUUGAAAUAGAGUUUGCCAUGUACAAGAAACAGUACUAUCGAGAAAAAUUUGAGAUUGAAAACAUCCGUAGUGACCAGCUCUCUACAUUUGUUUGGGAGUACAUCAGAGGGAUCCAGUGGAUACUUCAUUAUUACUUCAAUGGCGUGCAGUCUUGGGGAUGGUAUUACCCUUACCACUAUGCACCAUUCCUAUCAGACUUGACAGAUUUCUCUCACUACCAACUUGACUUUGACAUGGGGAAACCGUUUCUGCCUUUUGAACAGCUAUUAGCAGUUCUUCCUGCGGCUAGUAAACAGCUUCUACCAGCACCACUACAGAAUUUGAUGAUCAUGGAAGAGUCGCCAAUCAUAGAGUACUACCCUCUGAACUUUAAGACUGACUUGAAUGGGAAGCAGCAAGAGUGGGAAGCUGUGGUCCUCAUUCCAUUCAUAGAUCAGAAAAUGUUGCUGGAUGCAAUGACACCGCUGUACCCAAGACUUACCAAAGAGGAAAAACAAAGAAACACCCACGGUCCCUUCGUGGUGUACAGUUUUGAUAAUGAAGUGUCUUUUGCAUACCCAUCACCACUGCCUGGAGCGUUUCCUGAUAUAUCACUUUGUCAAGCAAAAUGUGAACAGUUUGACAGAGAUGCCCUUGUUACUCCCAAAGAAAAGUUAAAGAAAGGGUUGUGUGAGGAUGUUCGACUUGAUGUGUAUUUCCCAGGGUUCCCAACUCUGUAUCACAUUGACCACACUGCUGAAUUAAAGAAAGCUAAUGUCAAAGUGUUCCAAAUGCAUUCAAGAUGGGAAAGUAUAGUAUUAAAGCUUACUCCUCAUCCAGAAAAGGACACUCAUAAAGUUGCCCAAGAUUUCUUGAAUGAAGUGUGCUAUGUCGGCUGGCCGCACAUGGUAGAAGCCAUGAUCACUUCUGUAUCUGACAACACGUUUAGCUACACAAUACACACGGAUAAACCAAAGACUGAGAAUGGCGAAAAAAUUAUCAACCAGAAAGUACUUACAGACGAAGAACUAGCAAUAUUCAACAAGAAAGUGUGGAGUCAUACUCAAUAUGAAUUUGAGAGAAGAGGAAUCGAAGUAGGCGAGAUUGAUAUCCUAAUCGAAGCUUGCCCUAUCCAAGGUCGAAGGUUCGUCUGUGGUGCAAAAGGCCAAGUGACGUUAGAAAAGGAGUGGUCACUAGUACCCAAACCAUACGCAUUCCAAGCCGUGGCCAAGGACAUCUUUGUCCACGAGUCUCACAGUGGAAGCAACAUUCAGUCUAUCGACCAGCUUUUCCCAAUAGGUUCGCCAUGUUUCAUGCUUGCAUCACCACACUACGGCGCACAGGGCGAAGUUCUAGAGGUUGACAUGAACCAGGGACGUGUUCGCGUACAACUCAAAGUCCCUUCUGAGCCAAGCUUCUCUUCUAUUAUGAUGAAAAAAGAGUCUCUUUCAGAUACUUAUAUUCCAGCUCACAUCCUAUCGCAAAAACUUGGCUUGUCAAACUCUCUUCUUGGUAAAAUUACCGCAAAAUUCCUUAUUGAAAGAGGCUCCAGAGAAAUGAGUAAAGGACAAGGCCAAUCAAAACUUGAUAUUGGUUUAAAUUUGAAACACUCCAAGCAAAACAAAGAGCUUCUUGGGUAUGUCAAGAGAGGAGAUUAUGGAGGUUGGAUGUUUUCAUCCGCAGCGCAAAAAAUUAUUAUGGAAUAUACACGAAAGUUCCCUCGUCUGUUCGACACAUUAGGAGUAAUAGAGACUCAGUUUGACCAAAUAUACGAAACAGAUUUACUAACGCGGGACGUUGAUGAAACAAUGUUGCAAGAAGUCCAGGAAUGGAUCAAAAGUCUGCCCAUUUCCAAGCAAGAACCUAUGCCUUGUGGUAGUGAUGUCCUCGAUGACCAACUACUGGUUGAAAUUGAGGACGCUAUACAGAAAACAAAGGUAACGGUCUUACUAAGCCUACUCAAAGCUUCAUGGGUAAUGCACUGGAAUCCCAUGUAAUACACACUUAGACGUCUUUGAUUUAUUGAGCAGAAAACGCCAGGAACGAAAGCCGUCAAAGUUCGUGUAAGACCGUACCUACUCUUCAGGCCGUCUGAUUAUCUUGGCAAUAUAUUACCCGAUAGCAAUGCAGAAUUCCAACUCUUUGAUCGAGUAAUCAACGUAAAACUCAACUCUGCUGUGCCUUUCGGAUUGCGAGGGACUAUUGUUGGCUUUCACGAAGGCGAAGAUGAUGAGGAGAUGGUAGAAGUGAUGUUUGACGAAUCGUUUAUUGGUAAUCAGCCUAUACGACGUACAUCAAAAAGCAUCUAUCUUGUCCGGCCAUCAUCCUUCAUAGACUUAUCUUAUGGAGAGCGACGGGAAGCUAAGAAACGAGGUCAACCAGUUCCACCCCCAAGACCACUGAACAAAUCUUUCGCGAAUGCUCUUGCUGGCGAAGGCCGCUCAAAGAAAGAUGGGAGUCCACAUCGUAAUAAAUCUAAUGGAGAAUCUCCUCGGACUGGUCGCCAUGCUCGCCACGGAUCCCCACAAAGCUCGUUUAAUAACCGAAAACCACCUAGAGAGCCUGCAAGCAGCCCAGCGGUAAUAGUAACUCGAAUUGCAACACCGCCAAACAAACUGACCACAUCACAGGCCAAUAGUGACUCAAAGAGAACAAAUGCAGGAAAGCGUGAAGUCAUCAAGGAUAAUGUACAACCACAAGGAAACUCGAGUGAGUUUGCAAGCAUGUGGAAAGAACUUAAGAUGAAGGAGAACAGUCCACCGUCCAACGCUGUCAAAGAGAAGGAACCCAAAGACGAAGUGGAAAAGAAUGAAAUCACGAAAUCUGGGGAUGGCAGUAGAACUGAUAUGAACGACAUAGAUCAGAAAGAAAAAACCCAGGCCUUAUGUGACCUGCUGAAAAUAGGUCGACAUUCUCCAUCGGAAAGUAAAGAAGAACCGGCUCAAAAUCAUCCAGCUAACGAAGGAAAAUCAGCCGAUCAAGAAAGUCAGGGAGAAGGAAGGUCGCUAUCGGUUGAGGAGCUAUUCAAAACCCAAGCUGUACCAGUGGCAAAAGCUCCUUCUGUACCUAUGAAUCGACCGCCAAUCAGUUCAGGACCCCUACCCUCUCAAGUUCUCGUGAACCUCUGCGUAUCGAGAGGUCAACCACUACCUCGGUUUUACUAUGGUCAAGGACCYCAAGGAGGGAUUUUUGCUACUGUAGAGCUCGCCAACGGGCAGAAGUUCAACGGAACUCUUUGCAGGGAUCAAAUGGAGGCAACUGAGAGUGCAUGCGCUAUCGCGCUUUCCGUUUUAAACCGAAUGGGACAACCCUUGGCCAUGCAUAGAAUGCCUGGCCAGCCUUUCCCUCUCCACCCUUCAUUUCCACCACCGCCUAUGAUGCAUGUGCAACAGGCAUUCAGCCCUAACCAGAUAAUGAGAUUGCCACACGGUCAUGUAGAUCAGAGAGCCGCCACUGCACCACCUGCUAUGUCACCUUCAGCUAGCAAAUCUCUUGAUCCUACAAAAUCUCCAUUUAUCCCAAUGCAGGUAACGCGGAGAAACCUGCCGGUUAAAGCAGAAUCAUCCCAAAAUGAAUCAACCGAAAAAACAGAGCUUGAAAAGAAUUCAGAAGCCAGUACACCGUCUAAAAUAACAGACAUAUUACAGGACAAAGUCCCCCCAACCUCCCCUCCCAUGACGAUUUUAAUGACUCCUUCUAGUUUCGAAUCAAAAGGUUCUCAACAGAAAGGUGCUUCACAAGAUGGGACCCCGUCGAUCAAUUCAUUAGAUGGAAUUACUGAACACGACCUAAAUAACGUUCCCGGAAGCUGCCAAUCUCUUAUUCCUGAAGAAAGCCAAUCAAAAGACUCCAAAGACUUCGCUAGUGACAAUUCUAAGAAAGCAACUCAAAAGAAAUCGGUCAGAAAGAGCCAACGGACUAUGGCAGCGAAUUUUACUCAAAAGAAGUGAUUUUAGGGGAACCUUUUUAAUCUGUGUGCAGGCAUACGUAUCUCAAGAUUAUUUCCUUUAGACUUUAUUUUCCGUUUAUUAUUAUGUCACUUAUUAGCUAUUUUGUCUAUAAAUGGUUACAUACCUGAA